AACAAAAACUCUUCUUCACGUGGUCCACGAGUACGUUUAUUGUGAAAAGUCCAUGCAACCGGAAGUGUCCCAGGCAACUUUCCCAGCUGGUCUCAGACAAAGCGGAGAGGGGGUUAUGGUAGGAGAAGAAGCGCAUCGACCUCCGGAGAGCUGCUGCUGCUGCUGACGGGGACUGAGAAGAUGUCUGUGGACGAGGUGUACGUGUUCCGGCCCUUCAAGCUGAUCGCCCUGCUCUGCGUCUUCCUGGCGCUGUGCCUGGACGUGGUGGCUCUGCUGAGUCCAGCCUGGGUCACCGCCGAGCAUUUCUCCCUGUCUCUCUGGGAGUCCUGCUCCCAGUCCGAGGCUCGGCAAGCCGCGGAGGAGGCUGCGUGGAGCUGCUUCUCCACCCUCACAUCUGACUGGCAGAUCGCCACCCUGGUGCUCCUGGGGGCCGGCGCCAUCGCGACUCUGGUGGCGUUUCUGGUGGCCCUCAUUUCCCUCUGCUGGGGUACGAAGAGGCAGCACUACCGCAUUGUGGCGGUGUUCCUCUUCACUGCAGUUGUUUUGCAGGCCUGUGCCCUGGUGCUCUACCCAAUCAAGUUUAUUGAUGGAACGGUUCUACAGACCUAUCAUGAGUUCAACUGGGGCUACGGACUCGGCUGGGGAGCCACCAUUUUCAUGCUGGGCGGAGGGAUACUCUUCUGCCUGCGGACGGACAUUUACGAGGACGCCAUGUACUAGUGAAAUCCCUGCCACGCUGCUGAAAACGCAAACAUAAACCCACAGAAACUUCUCUUUGCUCUGCACAGGGCCAGUACGUGAGCAGACCCCAUGUCUCGUUUCUGCCUCCUGUCUUGCUCUUGCUGUUAUUUUUAGACAGGUUGUGAAGGUGCUAUUUAGGGCCGGGGCUGUGAGAGUCGAUCUCCGCCUCCAUCCUGCAGUCACACUCAGCUGCCGGUGGCGUUUGGUGGAGGGGGCGAGGUGGCAACACUAAAGCACAGAGUUUUCUGGACUGGCUUGGACUGCUGGACGUUUCCAGGAUGUUUAUUGUUAGAAAUGACACAGACCUGAAUGUGCUGGGGCUGACUAUUCACCAGGACUGACUGAUCUCCACAUUUCUUUUUUUUAAUUUUAUUUUUAUAGUGUAUUUAUGGCAUAAUUUCUCUCUUUCCUGACAUUCAGUGUAAAUUUCCCCUGUUUAAACUAAAACAUGUCUAAUAAGUGUAAAUUAGACCAUUUUUUUUAGAUGUGUAGCCUCUGAAAAACAAUCGCAGUAGUUUGUCCCAUAAAAUCUACAAUACAAAAUA